AUGCAAUCUGGUCAUCAUCGUAGUCCACCGUCACCAUUAGAAACAUCGAUUAAAAAAUUAAAACAAUUAACUACAACUGCAAUGUCAACUAAUGCUGAAAGCUUAGCGUUAGCUCAAAUGGUUAAAGAAAUAUUUUCGUCUCCAUCGUUUGUUCAGCAAAUGUGUAAUUCAUUGCUAACCUCGGAUUUGUUUAUAAACUCUAUUGCUACGGUAGUUGAAGAAGCUGUAAAUAAGUAUCGAUACCAAGUUGAAGAAUUGGAAUCUGAAUUAAAGAGAGCGAAUGAUAAUAUUUUACUGUUACAAGGUCAAGCGAAUG